CUAUCUGAGAUUUAUGAAAAAAAAAAAAAUUAUUUGAGGCUGAUUAAAUGAGGAAAGUAAUGGGGGAAUCUAAUAGAUUCUUGCACGCGAAGUGGUGAAUUAAACUCUCCUUCUUCUUCUUCGCACUCAAAUCUCCCUCUUCAGAGAGAUACCCAAACAACUCAAACAGCGUGAGUCUCAAGCGAGCAACUUCCAAACACACCUAACCAAUUAUAGCUGAAAUAACAACAAUAAACACAAAUUCAUUACUUACUCAACAAUGGCAGAACCCAAAGUUAAAUACGAUCGCCAACUCAGAAUAUGGGGUGACCAGGGACAGGCAGCCCUUGAGAAAUCUAAUAUUUGCUUGCUUAACUGUGGACCUACUGGUUCUGAGACACUCAAGAAUCUUGUUCUUGGUGGUAUUGGAAGCAUCACUGUAGUCGAUGGAUCUAAAGUUGAAGUCGGUGACCUUGGAAACAAUUUUUUGGUUGAUGAAUCAUUCCUUGGGCAGUCAAAGGCAAAAUGUGUUUGCUCAUUUCUCCAGGAGCUGAAUGAUGCAGUCAAAGCAAAAUUUGUAGAAGAGUAUCCAGAUGCAUUGAUUGAGACAAACCCAUCAUUCUUUUCUCAAUUUACCCUGGUUGUUGCCACACAGCUGGGGGAAAGUUCAAUGGUAAAGCUUGACCAAAUCUGCAGGAAGGCAAAUGUUAUGUUGAUAUUUGCCCGCUCCUAUGGCCUUACUGGGUUUGUUCGAAUCAGUUUGAAGGAACAUACUGUGAUUGAGUCAAAGCCUGAGCAUUUUCUGGAUGAUCUUCGGUUACAUAAUCCUUGGCCUGAACUCAAGAGGUUUGCAGAGGACAUUGACUUGAACGUGCAAGACCCUGUUGCUCAUAAGCAUAUACCUUAUGUUGUCAUUCUUGUCAAGAUGGCUGAUGAGUGGGCCAAAAGCCAUGGUGGUAGGCUUCCAUCGACCAGAGAAGAAAAAAAGGAGUUCAAGGAGCUUCUCAAGGCUGGGAUGGUUGCACAAGAUGAAGAUAAUUAUAAAGAAGCUAUCGAAUCCUCAUUCAAAGUAUUUGCCUCCCAAGGAAUUAGUUCGGAGUUGCAACAGAUACUAAAUGAUAAUUCUGCUGAAGUAGACGCUAGUUCGUCAGAUUUUUGGGUUUUGGUAGCAGCUCUGAAGGAUUUUGUUAAAAAUGAAGGUGGUGGGGAGGCACCUCUCGAAGGAUCUAUACCAGAUAUGACCUCCUCCACUGAGCAAUAUGUGAAUUUGCAGCAUAUCUAUCAGGCUAAGGCUGAGGCUGACUUUGUUGCAAUAGAACGACUGACGAGAAGUACUUUGAAGAAAAUUGGUAGAGAUCCAAAUAGCAUUCCAAGGGCAACAAUUAAAAGCUUCUGUAAAAAUGCAAGAAAACUCAAAGUUUGCAGAUAUCGUCUGAUUGAAGAUGAGUUUAAUUCUCCAAAUGUACCUGAGUUACAGAAGUACCUAACUGACGAGGAUUACAGCAUUGCUGUGGGAAUUUAUGUUUUGCUUCGUGCUGUUGACCGGUUUGCUGCUAAUUACAACAGUUUUCCUGGACAGUUUGACAGUGCAAUGGAUGAGGAUAUACCUCGACUAAAGAGCACAGCAAUUGGCCUACUUAAUGACUUGGGAUGCAACGGUGCUACUUUGGCUGAAGACCUUAUCAAUGAGAUGUGUCGAUUUGGUGCUGCAGAGCUUCAUGCUGUUGCUGCUUUGGUUGGAGGAAUUGCAUCGCAAGAAGUGAUCAAGCUCAUAACAAGGCAAUUUGUACCAAUGUCCGGGACCUACAUAUUCAACGGCAUUGACCACAACUCACAGCUAUUGUCAUUGUAACCAGCUUUAUUAUGGUUGUACUUUAAACUGACAUGUUUAGGUACAAUUUUUAUUCUUACAUUGUAAUUUGUAUUGGUGUUGAUGUAGAGUUCUAUUAAAAGAUGCCUUUGUUUCUUAGAGGGGACUAUCGUCUAUGCUUCCAUGCCUUUUACAAUGUGCACUUCUGAAGCAGUUUGAUUGUUAAGUUGCGAACAUGCACGGGAAUUUUGUAGCUACAGUCUGGAUCUUGGACAAACCCAGAUACAGAAUUACAGAUAGAGGAAAAGAUACAGUUGCAAAAAUGUAAGAGUUCACCUUAUUAAAUGAAUACUGUUCCUGCUCAAACUUGAAA